AUGAUCAGCUUCGACCAGCCCUUUUGUCACUGCUCCUCAGCGUCAGGAAUCACGCGGACAGGCAUUGUCGCGCGCAUGCUUUGCCUCGUGUCGCUGCUGGCGUGUGUCAUGUAUCUACCCGAACGCUCAGUGGCUGUGGAGAGCGUGGCCGUGGGUGCAGCGAUCAAGGCAUACGUGACGGGUGGUGUUGCCGUCGGAAGAGUGCAGGCGGGCAGCGUGGCCGCCUUCCGAGGCAUCCCAUACGGCAACGCCGAGCGGUUCUUGCCUCCGACUCCUGCAGCCAGUUGGGUCGGCGAGCUCGACGCCUCUGCCGACGGUCCGGCGUGCCCGGGAAAGAGCCCGCCGUACGACCGCCACAUGUCCGAGCAGUGCCUGUCACUCAAUGUCUUCACGCCCGUCGCCGCCCUGGGCAAUGCCUCCGCGCAGUUGGCCGUGCUCGUUUAUCUCUACGGUGGCUCGCUGAACACGGGAUCCGUCGCAUCGUAUGGACCGAUCGAAAACUUGGUCAGCGGCAGCGAGGGGCGCGCGAUGCUCGUCGUUAUGAACUAUCGCCUCGGUGCGCUCGGCUUUGCCGCGCUCAAGGAGCUGUCGGACGCCGACCCUCGCGGAACGAGCGGCAAUCUGGGCCUCCUCGAUCAGCAGCUCGCCAUGCGGUGGGUCGCCGCCAAUGCCGCCGCCUUUGGUGGCGACCCUCGCAAGGCGACGCUGCUGGGCCAGUCAUCGGGUGGCACGUCGAUCUUCGCCCACCUGGCUGCGCCCGCGAGCCGAGGCCUCUUCCAUGCGGCCAUCUCAAUCAGCGCCUCGCCCAAUCUCACCAUCUCGUACGAGGAGAAGCUGCGGCAGGACGAGGAGCACUGGUUCAAGCACACGCCAUGCGCCCGCGAGGCGCGCGGCGCGGCCACGCUCGCGUGCCUCCGCGCAGCAAGCGUCGAAUCGCUGCAGGCGGCGCUGGAGCCGCGUUACGACUACUUUGACUUCAACCACAGCUUCGCUGCAUCGGCGGCGAAGGCGGGCUACGACGUGCCCGUGCUGCUUCAGAACUUGGAGGGCGAGCUCAAUUGGCAGCCCGACCCGACCCUCGAAUCCAUACGCACACGCGCCGAGGCGGCCGCGCGCAUUGAGGGGAUGCUCGCCGCCGGAUUGGGCGCGGAGGCGGCGCGGCGGCUCUACGCGAUGUACGCGGGUGUCGGCGGCGACAACGACACGCUCGCUGCCGCGCCCGCCUAUGCGCUCAACGCCGAUACGGGGUGCACUUGCGGCCAGCUCGCGCUCGCAUUCGCGGCGAGCGAAGCGCGACGCAGCGAGGGCACGGCGCCCGUGUACAUCUCGCUUGUCCGCGCGCGGCCGUACCAUCCGUUCGGUCCGCUGUCGGAGUCGUGCACACGCCCUGCCAUCUACGCCUUCCACCUUUGGGACUUUUUCGCCGCCGUGAGCGUCGGCGCGCCCACGGCGGCAGAGCGCGCAAACUGGUACGACGCGCGGUUCGACGAGGCUUGGGUCGAAGGGAGCAAGUGUGGUCCCUACCGGCCCGCCCCCACGGACGUCAAGCUCGGCCGGGCGCUUCUCGAGCAGUGGCUCUCCUUCGCCGAGCACGCCGGCUUCCCCGACGGUGUCGGCUGGCGCGCCGUCGACGACGCGCUCGGCUGGCCGCGCCACUACACACACGGGGUGAUUGAUGACGCUGGGCUCACCUCGAGCGUCGUAGAUCUCAAGAGCGACGCGUGCACCGCGUGGCGCGAGGCAGGGUACGACUCGCUGCAGCUGAUGCGCAAGUACCGCCUCUCCAACGAGUCCAAGGCCGAGAUCAUCCUCUGCAGCUGCCAACCGGACGCGUCCCUGCCUCGCUUUGGGUACGUGAGGGAUGAGCGCGUGCUCUCGCACUUGCCGCGAACACGGAUGUGUGAGGACCGGCUGUGGGUCGAUUUGCUGCCAGUCUCGAUGCAGGCCACCCUGCCGCCACAGCAAUCCGACGCCUUUCUGGCGCGGCUGAGACGGCAGGGACUCGCCUGA